UCGGUUCCCACGGCAACCUACUCAACAGUACCUCCCGCUUGUGUCUUGGCUGCCAUGUGCGCUCCAGUGGACCCUCAUGUUGCCCGGCGAUACCUGCUCAGGCGGCAGCUUGGGAAGGGGGCCUACGGCAUUGUGUGGAAGGCAGUGGACCGGACAACAGGCGAGGUCGUGGCCAUCAAGAAAAUCUUCGAUGCUUUUAGGGAUAAGACAGAUGCCCAGAGAACAUUCCGGGAAAUCACUCUCCUCCAGGAGUUUGGGGAGCAUCCCAACAUCAUCAGUCUCCUUGACGUGAUCCGGGCAGAGAACGACAGCGACAUUUACCUGGUGUUUGAGUGUAUGGACACGGACCUGAACGCAGUCAUCCGGAAGGGCGGGCUGCUGCAGGACGUCCACGUGCGCUCCAUCUUCUGCCAGCUCCUGCAGGCCACCCGGUUCCUCCACUCGGGGCACAUCGUGCACCGGGACCAGAAGCCAUCCAACGUGCUUCUGGAUGCUAACUGCACGGUGAAGCUGUGCGACUUCGGCCUGGCCCGCUCCCUCAGCGACCUCCCCGAGGGGCCUGAGGGCCAGGCCUUGACGGAGUAUGUGGCCACACGCUGGUACCGGGCUCCGGAGGUGCUGCUGUCUUCACACCGGUACACCCUUGGGGUGGACAUGUGGAGUCUGGGCUGUAUCCUGGCGGAGAUGCUUCAGGGGAAGCCCCUGUUCCCGGGCACGUCCACCCUCCACCAGCUGGAGCUGAUCCUGGAGACCAUCCCACCGCCCUCCGAGGAGGACCUCCUGGCUCUCGGCUCAGGCUGCCGGGCCUCUGUGCUGCACCACCUGGGGUCCCGACAACACACAGCAGCCCACGGGCCACGGCGGACGCUGGACGCUCUCCUGCCACCAGACACCUGCCCAGAGGCCUUGGACCUCCUCAGGCGACUCCUGGUGUUCGCCCCGGACAAGCGGUUAAGUGCAGCCCAGGCACUGCAGCACCCCUACGUGCAGAGAUUCCACUGCCCCAGCGACGUGUGGGCACGAAAGGUGGCUGUGCGGCACCGGGUGCACGAAGGGGUCCAGCUCUCCGCGCCUGAGUACCGCAGCCGCGUCUAUCAGAUGAUCCUGGAGCACGGAGGCCGCGGCUGCACCUCAAGAGAGAAGGGCCUGGAGGGCGUCGCCCCAGGGGCAGAGCCCAGGGCCUCCCCAUCGCAGGCACACCUGUGCAAGCCCAGAGCCAACCCUCAGCUGUCUUCAGGGACACCUGUGCAGAGCCCCAGACCCAGGCCUCAGAAUGGCCCGGGCCACGACCCCCCAGAGCACGAGUCCCCCCGUGUAGCCGAGAACAUUCCCAGGCAGAAGUCCGCUCCCCUGCUCCAAGCUGCACCCCUAGGGAGGGGGGAAAGGCCCCCUGGGGCAAAGGCAGAGCUCCGCUUGACACUCUCCCUGGUGAAGCCAAGUGAGAGGGGAGCAGCGUCCUCCCUGACCUCACAGUCUGUGGCUCAGGUGGCCAACCAGGCCCUGAUCCGGGGUGACCAGAACCGGAACCGAGGUGGUGGGGUCCCUCCCCGGCCCGGCCGGAGGAUGUUCCACACCUCUGCCUCACAGGGGGCUCAGGGGGCCGCCAGGGCUUUGCUUGGAGGCUACUCUCAAGCCUACGGGACUGUCAGCCACUCGGCACUGGGCCACCUGCCCCUGCUAGAGGGUCACCGCGUGUGAGCCACCCUCCUCCCUUCAUCUGGCCCUGUUCCUGCCCCAGCACCUUUCCCGGACCCUCCCCGGGUCUCCUGCACCCCUUAGCCCUCCCUGCUUUGCCUGGCCACACUGAAGUUCCAGGGAGCUUGCCUGGGUCUCCCUGGGGGAGACGAGGGCCCUGCCCCAGCUCCAGUGACUUCCUCCAAUAAACUCAUGUCUGCCCCCAA